AUGAAAAUCGACAAGAAAAAUCAUCCAGUGUGCUGGUAUUGCAAAAGGUAUUUUGAUGAUGAAAAAGAUUUAGUCUUACAUCAAAGGGACAUGCACUUUAAAUGCCCUCACUGCAAAAAGUCGUUGAAAACGGCGCUUGGCAUGGCCAAGCAUGCUAAAGAUAUCCAUAAUAAAGUUAUUACGACGGUUAAUGAUGAAAAACGAAAAAAAAUUAAAACCAAGGAGCAACUUGCUCAACAUCAAACAAUGAUGCAAAAUGUUCCAACAGCGGAUCAAUCUUCUGGUUAUAAUGCACAACAUAAUAUACCUCACCAGCACAGUCAGUUUCUUCAUCGCUUUAAUUUAGAUCAACCAUAUUUAAUUAUUUCUCCAUACCGACCGGGUCAAAUAUCUGGUGUCAGUCAACCACCUGAAGGACAGAUUCAACCAUUUACAACGGGAACAUCGGCGAUUUAUUCGAAUAAUAAUAUUGCUCCUGUAUCUCAAAUUUACUCAGUUGGAAUACUUCCAUCAGAUCCUUCCGAAACGAAUACAGAUGAAACUAUUUUGUUUAGUGCGACACAAAAUGCCACUUCACAAACAAAGUUACCUAACAUCGAAAUUUUAUUCAGAGAAAAUUUGCUUUUGAUGGUUCGUUAUAAUGAUGAAAAGCUCAAUCAAAGUUAUAAAGCUUCUUCCGUUGGCGAUGAAGUUUCGAUGGAAGAGAAUCAUGACCAAGCUUUCGAACCGCCAGCCCGUUUCCGUGCUGUAAAAUAUUAUGAAGUGUUAUGA